AGCCAGCCAGACCCUCGGAAUCCAGGGUUUCAUUUCAUCUCCUCGCCUCUCACACUCACCCUCCCACUACUCGCCCAGCCACCAACCCCCAGCGCCGCCCACACCCCCCCUUCCUCCCCCUCCCUCCCCCUCUCUGCAUUUUGCGUAGCAGCAAGCAGCGACCAACAGUGAAGGGUCGCUGUGGAUCGAGAGAAAGGGAAAAGCAGGUAAUCAGGCACGGCAGAGUGCGUGCGACGGCAGCAGCUUGGAUCAGCAAGCAAGCAGGCAUUGCGGCAGAGAGGAUCCAACGCGAGUGAACGGACGGACGAAGCAGUUGAAAUAGUGACCGAGUUGGAGACAACACGUGAGCUAGUGUUAGCUUUGACUCUCACACGACUCACCGUACCCUCUCUAUCUUCUAUUUCUUUCGCGCCUCUCGGCGCCUGAGUCUUAUCCUUAACUCCAAAUACCCAAUCUUCCAAAUACCCAAUCUUCUUUAGGGUUCUUAGACUCCGCUCGAAUCGCAACAUUAUCUUCCAAAUCCCACCAUAGCAAGCCUAGAGCAUGGCGUUCGCGACGUUAUCGAGUUGGGAUGUGCACCAAAGCGCGUCUUUUCCAUUCGCCAUGACGCGCUGCUCGCAGCCGUCAUCGGCCGAGCCUCCAUGCGAACCCACCUACGCGUCGCUCAAGCUCCAUCCGCUGCUCUCUCCGUCGCAGGAGCACGUCGUCCGUCAGUUCUCGGCCCUCUCCAUGCACUUACACGAGCAGCAGCAAUGCCAUCAGCAGCAGCAGGAGCAGGAGCAGCAUCAUCACCACCACCGCCAUACUGCGAGCGAGCCCCAACGGCAACUGCAGGAGGAGCCGCAUCGGCUUCAUCUGUUGCCCUCUCUUAAGCAGAAUGUUUCCUGUGUUGACAGCGAGCAGUUCAUGGCUCGGGUUAACGUGGAAAAUUCGGCUAAUGCGGGUAACGAGGCGCAGCUUAACGAGGCGAGAUUCGCAACAUCCCCCGCUUCACCUGGCGUCGAGUUGGCGAGACUUUCUCCGCUUUUUUCCUGCCAGCGUGCGACGAACUCACCGUCGCACACCGUGUCGCACCCACCGUCGCCCGGCCGCGCAAGCGACGAAGUUGCGGAAGGUCCUCGUGACAACCUUGCCAGUGCUUGCACGGGAAGCGCGGGAAGCGCGCCAGUCUACAACAGCGGCGUCCUUCCAUGGCUACGGAAUCCCAGCGAAUUGGACUUGAACCUUCCUGCUUCUCUCGCAGGUGCCGUCGCAGCGACCCCGCCACUUGCGCCGUCUUCUGCGGCCUUCCAGGUGCUUAAUUCAAGCUUUUGGGACGCGAGCGCGACUUGCGGCGUGAAUGGCGGCGCUGCAUCGCCUCCUGUUUCGGAGGAUUCGUCGGAGUCGUCGCUGGUGGAGUGCGGCAGUGAGAGCAGCAGCACGGACAUGGAUGACGAGGAGGAUAAUAACGAGGAUGGGAAUGAAGAGGACGAUGAGGAUGAUGAUGAGGAGGCAGACUCGGCCUUUAAGCCGUUGAAGCUGAAGAAGAAGGCGGCCUCACCCAUGGCCUCUCUUCCCAGCAAGCGAAGCCUCUCGUCUCACUUUGGAGGCAAAUCCCGGACGUUCUCAUCCCUUGCUGACGUGUCAGCCAUCCAGAGCAUCCACGGCCUCGCGAAGCCGCCUCCGGGCCUCUGCCUCCGCCGACCGCGCCGUCAGUCGUGCCUCUCCUCCGCCUCCUCCGCCCUCCGCCGCAGCCCCUGCGCCAUCCCCAUCGCCGCUGCGCAUCGCAGCAUAGGCAAGCACCGCCUGGGCGCUGGCAGCGGAUCUAGCAGCGGCAGCGGCAGCGGCGGUCUCGGGAGGCUGGCAGCCCAGCAGGUUCAGUUCUCGCUGGCGCUUGCUGUGACCAUGGGAAGCUUGGGGUGAAAGGGGAAUUGGAAAGGCAGAUACUUGCAGUUUGGAGCAGUUUCAGGGGAGAAGGAUUUCGCGUGGUGGCAACAAGACAGAGAGUUUGUGAAGUCAGAUCGCUGUUGUGGCUGCAGGUUGUUCGUCACUUGAAGAUGCAGCGGGUGGCUCUGUAACGUGAAGGCCAGUGCGUGAUCUUUAAAAUUGCUGGUGCGCUACACUUUGGAAGCUACAGAACAACCUCGAUCUCACACUCCUACUUGGAGCUUUUGAUCUGCUCUUCGCUUCCCUGCUACGGAGCAUCUAGUCGUGGCUUCGUGGACGCUGGAUGGAAGCUUCUGCUGAGUGUUGGCUGUAAGCUGCCCCCUAUUUUGACAUGGCAGCUGAUGGUGGUGUCUGGAGCCAUACUUUUCGCUAAUAAUGCGACGAGAAUCUGACAGCGGGCUUUUGAGCAUUCACUUAGAACAGGUCAGGCCAGGAAAGGGGUGGCAAAUUUUGGACCAGUUGGGUCAUGCCUUGUGCCUCUUGCUGGUUUUGCCCACCCCUCUUGUGCUGCUCGCAGUGAGUGCUAUAUUUUGGCUACUUGGUAUUGGGCUGUAGGCGUGCCUGCUGAUUGGAUGUGCUGUUGAUCAAUAAGUGAUGGGCCUCUGGUCCACCCUGAUUUCUGU